CCGGCGUUGCGGUACCUAGUGACCUUUGUACGUCAUCACGUUGUGACCUAGCAAGCUGCUACUCCUGCCGCCGUCGCCGUUUGCGUCAAGCUUCCGUUUACCUCUCCUGCGUGAGACGGGCGGGGAAAAAAAAAAAAAAAAAAAAAACUGUAUUCGGUACCCUGUAGGCAUGGAGCCGGAUUCAGUAAUAGAAGAUAAGACCUUUGAGCUGAUGUGUUCUGUGCCAAGGUCUGUGUGGCUAGGCUGCUCCAACCUUGUUGAGAGCAUGUGCGCACUGAGAUGCCUGCAGAGCAUGCCCAGUGUCAGAUGUCUCCAGAACACCUCUAUUAUGGAUGAUCUGAAUGAAGACGAAUCUCCAAAAAAGAAUACCUUAUGGCAGAUAAGUAAUGGAACGUCUUCAACGAUUGUACCAAGGAAACGAGCAUCAGAAGGAAAUUAUGAGAAAGAGAAGGAUUUGUGCAUAAAAUAUUUUGACCAGUGGUCAGAAUCAGACCAAGUAGAGUUUGUGGAGCACCUUAUUUCACGGAUGUGUCAUUAUCAGCAUGGCCAUAUAAACUCUUACUUGAAGCCCAUGUUACAGAGGGACUUUAUCACAGCAUUACCAGAGCAAGGCUUAGAGCACAUAGCAGAAAAUAUUCUCUCUUAUUUGGAUGCACGAUCUCUGUGUGCAGCAGAGCUUGUGUGCAAGGAAUGGCAGAGAGUAAUUUCAGAAGGCAUGCUGUGGAAAAAGCUGAUUGAGAGAAUGGUGCGCACUGACCCCUUGUGGAAAGGCCUAUCAGAGAGAAGAGGCUGGGAUCAGUACCUCUUCAAAAACAGACCCACUGAUGGUCCGCCAAAUUCCUUUUACCGGUCAUUGUAUCCCAAGAUUAUUGAAGAUAUAGAGACAAUAGAAGCAAACUGGAGAUGUGGAAGACAUAAUUUACAAAGAAUUCAGUGUCGUUCUGAAAAUAGCAAGGGCGUGUACUGUUUACAGUAUGAUGACGAGAAGAUAAUAAGCGGCUUGAGGGACAACUCUAUCAAAAUAUGGGACAAAACAAGCUUGGAGUGCCUGAAAAUUCUCACAGGACAUACUGGCUCAGUCCUAUGUUUACAGUAUGAUGAAAGAGUAAUAGUUACUGGGUCUUCAGACUCCACUGUAAGAGUUUGGGAUGUGAACACUGGUGAAGUUUUAAACACUCUAAUUCAUCACAAUGAAGCAGUGCUUCAUCUUCGUUUCUGCAACGGUUUGAUGGUAACAUGUUCUAAGGAUCGUUCAAUUGCUGUUUGGGAUAUGGCUUCUCCUACCGACAUCACGCUUCGUCGUGUCCUAGUUGGACAUCGGGCAGCGGUUAAUGUAGUUGACUUCGAUGACAAGUAUAUUGUUUCGGCAUCUGGGGAUCGGACGAUCAAAGUUUGGAGCACUAGUACUUGUGAAUUUGUGCGCACUCUAAAUGGACAUAAACGUGGUAUUGCUUGCCUCCAGUAUCGGGAUCGGUUAGUUGUGAGUGGCUCUUCGGAUAAUACCAUACGGCUAUGGGAUAUAGAAUGUGGUGCCUGUUUACGUGUACUAGAAGGACAUGAGGAACUUGUCCGUUGUAUAAGAUUUGAUAACAAAAGAAUUGUAAGCGGCGCAUAUGAUGGGAAAAUCAAGGUGUGGGAUCUACAGGCUGCGUUGGAUCCCCGAGCUCCUGCAAGCACCCUGUGUUUGCGUACCCUGGUGGAGCACUCAGGACGUGUGUUUCGCCUUCAGUUUGAUGAAUUUCAGAUUAUUAGCAGCUCCCAUGAUGAUACUAUUCUCAUUUGGGAUUUCCUAAAUGUUCCACCUAGUGCACCAAAUGAAACUCGUUCUCCAUCUAGGACAUAUACUUAUAUCUCCAGAUAGCAUUAUGCACUUUUCUGUCCUUAAGGACCUGGCUAUCUUGAACUACUGGAUAUGUGGCUAUCGCAAAAAAUGCUAACUAUUGGAAAUGGUUUUCAAUACCAUGUAGAUGCAAAGCAGAAAGUGUAUUCUAUAUUGUUACAUUUCCAUAUGUUUUUAUCUUUUUUCUUGGCGUAUUGGAAUUUCAAAUAAUUUCUGGAAUUUGAAAUGACAUAUUCUGUAUAGUCACAGCAUUGAAACAUCCAAAGCUAAAAAAUGUAAAUUGUGCAUAAGAACAAUGCUUUUUGGAAGAAAAGAGUUGAAAAGAAGAUGUGACCUCAUGUGUGUACUGUUUUGCACUUUUUGACUACGAGGAAAAACAGUUUCCAGUAAUAUUUGGGUGCCAAACACAUAUCCCAAUUAUGCCAUGUGUUUUGAUUAACAACUUUACCUGUCGGACAAAAACAAAACAAAACAGUGAAUGCAUUUUUUUUUUAUUAUUGGUUGGCUGUUAAGCAUGUAUAUGUAAAGAAACUAAAUGUAUUUGCUCAGUGCUCGUAUGGAAUCCAUUAACUCUUGUACACAGACAUAUGUUAAAUUCAGCGUGUAGUAAUAUUUAGUACAAAAAUGUCUUUUCAUAAUGCUGUGGUGUCAUUGAUCAGUGUGAUAAAUUAAACAAUACAUGUAUAAUAAUUAUGAUGCACAAAAUGCCCUUGUGUCUCAAGGUCAAUCAGUACUAGUAGUAUCUCAUUGCCAAAACAUAAAGGGUUACAAUUGUAAAAAGUCUCCUUUUUGAAAAUGGGAAUUCACAGUAUUCAACAUAAUUUAAAAUAAAAUCUUUUUAAACUUUCAUUCCCAACAUUUUAUUGUAAUGUUUAAUUUAUGUCUUCCUGAGUUGUGCCAAAGUAUUCAUGGUAGAAUGAUUUUGUUUACCUGUUCAUGUAUGGUUUUUUUUUUCUUUUUUUAUUUAUAUAAAAUGUUUUGGUUGAGGUACCUCUGGAUUGAGAUGCUUUGUAUUUUCGUCUUAACAUUUGCUUAAAUAGUACGUUUAUAAAUAACACUUGAUUCUA